GCCGCGGCCUCAGGCCUUUGGGGGAGGUGACCGCUCUCGGUUCCUGUCCCUAGGCUGGCAUCACCGUGAGGUCCCCUUUUUCUUCUCCCGGGGGGCGGGUAAAACACACACACACACACACACACACACACCCCUCCCCAGCCCUUUGCAUUGGGGCCAAGGCCACAGCCCGGCUCGGGCGCUCCCUCCCCGCCCCAUCUUCUGUGGAAUUAAGAGGUUGGGCUGGAAGGAGAGAAGGACAGACGUGUGGACAGAGAUCCCACCUGGAGCGCGGUCCGGAAAUGGGUGGGACCCGGCUGGCCGCGGACAGGUGCGGCGCCGGCGGACGCGUCCGACUGGUUUGCCCCUGGCCGCUCGCUCUCGCCCAGGCCGGCUGCCCUGGCGCCUGGUCCCCAGAAGGUGCCGGCUUAGAAUAAGUCCUUUCCCACGGCGCUCCUCGAGGCGGCGGCCACACUGGCCACACCGGCUGACCCUAGACCUCAAGUUUAGAGUCCCCCAGGGCCAUCUGAGAACAGGGGGGGCGAGGAGGAGGAGGGGCUAAGGCCGGUGAAUGGAAUGGGGUGGAAGGAGGAGGAAAAAGAUGCGGUCUCCCCGCGCCCCCCCCCCCCUUACUGAGACCUGGGCACGCGGCCAAACCCUCCCCUCCAUGGGGUGGAGGGCAGGUCUCUCACUCUGUGGCGGGGAGGUCUCGGAACCUGCUCCUGCCUGCUGAGUCAGAGUCGGGAUGCUGUAAAGAAGGGCAAGCCUGGGCCCAGCUUUCUGCCGCGCCCCAGGGCCUGUUGACUUGUGGACAUUACCCAGAGCCUUCCUUCCUCCCUCCCUCCCUUCAUUCAUUCAUUCAUUCAUUCACAAUGUUUCUGGACACCUCCUGUGUGCCAGGGCCUGUGCAAGUCCUUGGGAGGGGCCUGUCCAGGUGUCUGCCCUCCCCCAACUCAUGUCAGCAGCAAGCCCAGAAAUUAUGGUAAAACUGAGAGUUGACAGGUGUAAUAAAUUUAUUGUGGGAAAGACAUCUCCAAGGGUCCUGAGCACAGAGUUGCACCUGCACCCUGUACUGAGCAGCCCAUGCCAGCUAGGCAGCCGCCAUGCACAGAAACCAUCCUGGGCCAGGGCCCUGUGGGAGGUGGGAGCAGGAAUCCUGGGUGUUGGCUGCUCGAGUUCAGGCUUCUUGUCAAUGAGCCACUCCUAGUGAGCACCGCUGGGCAGGGCAAAGCUUCAACUCCAGGUGCAGAGCCGGGGUUCAGCCCAUGAGGAUGGGCAGGCAGGCCACCCGAGGGCCUCCCACCACACAGCGUGUCGCAGGCAGGUCCUAUGUGUGUGCCCUGGCUUGGUGUGGCUUGUGCCGAGGCAAGGGUGAGGUCAGGCUGUCCCAGGGCAGCCCUACUGGCUGUCAGUCUUGGGCUCCUUGGUGGGCAUAUCUUCUCUCUAAUCUCAGCAGAAUUGGUCCUGCUCCCCAGAGCAAGGGGGUUGGGCUUGUUUGUUCUCCAUCUCUGAGCUAGGUGGGGUUCUCAAGACAGCUCACGGUGCUUCCUCCUGCCUUCAGGGGCUUGGGAACCCUAGUUGGGAAAGGGGCUCCUUCCUCAGUGGAGGGGAGUUGGGCUGAGCAAGAAGAGGAGCCUCUGGCUUUGCCCCUGACCACUCUGACCAGUGCCCUGCUCCACAGCCACUGCCCACUUCAGCUUCUGCCGGACCCUCCUGGAGCACACAAUGUCAGCUGAGAGCAUCCCCUGCCACUUGCCUAGGACUCCAGGCUCCAGCCUCACCUGGCAUGACUCACGAAGCCAGAGGGCAGCUGGUGGCCGGCCAGUCAAGCUCCUGCAGCAGCCUGGCACAGAGGCCCCCCAGGGCCGGCUGUACUCUGACCACUGUGGCCUGUACCACACGAGCCCCUCACUGGGUGGCCUGACGAGACCUGUGGUCCUGUGGAGUCAGCAGGACGUCUGCAAGUGGCUCAAGAAGCACUGUCCCCACAACUACCUCGUCUACGUGGAGGCCUUCUCCCAGCACGCCAUCACCGGCCGGGCACUGCUUCGGUUGAAUGCAGAGAAGCUGCAGCGGAUGGGACUGGCACAGGAGGCCCAAAGGCAGGAGGUGCUGCAGCAGGUGCUGCGCCUACAGGUGCGCGAGGAGGGGCGGAGCCUGCAGCUGCUCAGCCAAGCAAUGACUGAUCCUUUCUGUGUUGGAGGCGGCCGCCGGCUCCUGGGGUCCAGCAAGAGUGGGCCUGGGAAGGAUGGCAGCCAGAAUGAGGUCCGACUUCCUGUGCGGCAUGAUCCAAAGCUGGGGUUGCCGGUGGCCCGGGGUGGGCAGACAAUGCCUAGCCAGGCCCCACUCUGCUUUGACCCGGGAAGUCCAGCCAGCGACAGGACAGAAGGGAAGAAAAAGGGGCGUCCGAAAGCUGAGAACCAGGCCCUCCGAGACAUUCCCCUCUCUCUGAUGACCCAGUGGAAAGACGAAUUCAAGGUGCACUCACGGGUGAAGUGUCCCAGCUCAGGGUGCUGGCUGGAGUUCCCCAGCAUCUACGGGCUCAAGUACCAUUACCAGCGGUGCCAAGGGGGUGCCAUCUCAGAAAGGCUGACCUUUCCCUGCCCCUUCUGUGAGGCCGCCUUCACCUCCAAGACCCAGCUGGAGAAGCACCGGAUUUGGAACCACAUGGACCGACCCCUGUCUGCCCCCAAGCCUGGGCCAGUCAGCCGGCCAGUCACCAUUAGUCGGCCCGUUGGGGUCAGCAAGCCCAUUGGAGUGAGCAAACCUGUCACUAUUGGCAAGCCUGUGGGUGUCAGCAAACCCAUCGGUAUCAGCAAGCCAGUGACGGUCAGCAGGCCUGUGCCGGUCACCAAACCAGUGACAAUCAGCAGGCCUGUGCCGGUCACCAAACCAGUGACAAUCAGCAGGCCUGUGCCGGUCACCAAACCAGUGCCGGUCAGCAGGCCUGUGCCGGUCACCAAACCAGUGCCGGUCAGCAGGCCUGUGCCAGUCACCAAACCAGUGCCGGUCAGCAGGCCUGUGCCGGUCACCAAAUCAGUGACGGUCAGCAGGUCCGUGCCGAUCACCAAGGCUGUGCCGGUCACUAGACCUGUGCCGGUCACCAAGCCCAUACCAGUCACCAAGUCUGUGCCCGUCACCAAGGCAGUGCCAGUCAGCAAGCCAGUGCCAGUCACCAAACCAGUGACCACAAACAAGCCGGUGCCGAUGACAAAACUUGUGACAGUUACGAAACCUGUGCCAGUCACAAAGGCCGUGACAGUCAGUAGGCCCAUUGUGGUCAGUAAGCUGGUGACAGUCAGCAGGCCCAUGGCCAUCAGCAGACACACACCGUCCUGCAAAAUGGUGCUGCUGACCAAGUCUGAGAACAAAACUCCUCGGGCCACGGGGAGGGCCAGUGGGAAAAAAAGGGCUGCGGACAGCCGGGACGCCUGCCCCCUCCCACCCAAGCAGGCGCGGUCAGAGAGCGGGGAGUGUGGCCCACCCACCACAGGCCAGGGCUCAGCUCUCCAGCCCAGCACAGACCCCAGCAGUGGCCCCCUUUCUCUAGGCAGCAGGCCCUUGGGGGGCAAGGAGGUGCCAAGGGCCACAGGCCCUGUGUCCCUGCCUGAAGAGGGAGCUGAGCGCAUGAAGCACAGAAGGAAACAGAAAACACCCAAGAAGUUCACGGGGGAGCAGCCAUCCAUCUCAGGAACCUUCGGACUCAAAGGCCUGGCCAAGGCAGAAGACAAGUCCCGAGGCUACCGUGCCAAGAAGCAGGAGGGGCCUGGCCCCGAGGAUGUCCGAAAGAAGGCGCCGGCCCCCGCCAACACUGUCAGCAAGGAGGCGCCGGCCCCCGUGGCCCACUCAACCCCAGGUGGCCCUGAGGAACAGUGGCAGCGGGCCAUUCAUGAACGGGGGGAGGCCGUCUGCCCCACGUGCAACGUGGUCACCCGGAAGACCCUCGUGGGGCUCAAGAAGCACAUGGAGGUGUGUCAGAAGCUGCAGGAUGCCCUCAAGUGCCAGCACUGCCGGAAGCAGUUCAAGUCCAAGGCCGGUCUCAACUACCACACCAUGGCUGAGCACAGCGCCAAGCCCUCUGACACGGAGGCCUCCGAGGGGAGUGAGCAGGAGGAGCGCGAACGACUGCGCAAGGUGCUGAAGCAGAUGGGGAGGCUGCGUUGCCCCCAGGAGGGCUGUGGGGCCGCCUUUUCCAGCCUCAUGGGCUACCAGUACCACCAGCAGCGCUGUGGGAAGCCGCCCUGCGAGGUAGACAGUCCCUCCUUCCCCUGUACCCACUGCGGCAAGACCUACCGCUCCAAGGCUGGUCAUGACUACCACAUGCGCUCGGAGCACACAGCCCCGCCCCCCGAGGAGCCCCAGGACAAGCCCCCUGAGGCCGAGGACCUGUUGGGUAUCGAGCGGACCCCCAGCGGCCGCAUCCGCCGCACGUCGGCCCAGGUUGCCGUGUUCCACCUGCAGGAGAUUGCAGAGGACGAACUGGCCCGAGAUUGGACCAAGAGGCGGAUGAAAGAUGACCUGGUGCCUGAGACGGCUCGGCUCAACUACACUCGGCCAGGCCUCCCCACACUCAACCCCCAGCUGCUGGAGACCUGGAAGAACGAAGUCAAGGAGAAAGGCCACGUCAACUGUCCCAAUGACUGCUGUGAAGCCAUCUACUCCAGUGUGUCCGGCCUCAAGGCCCACCUCGCCAGCUGCAGCAAGGGAGACCACCUGGUGGAAAAGUACCGCUGUCUGCUGUGUCCGAAGGAGUUCAGCUCUGAGAGUGGCGUCAAGUACCACAUCCUCAAGGCCCAUGCAGAGAACUGGUUCCGCACUUCGGCAGACUCGCCUCCCAAACACAGGAGCCAGGGAUCACUGGUACCCAAGAAGGAGAAGAGUCUGGCAGGCGGGAAGAAGCGGGGCCGCAGGCCCAAGGAGCGGCUCCCUGAGGAGCCUGCACCCAAGAUGGCCCCCCGCCAGGAGGACUGGCCCCCAGGAGGCAGAGACAAGGGGGCCCAGGACUCCACUGGCCGGAAGGUGGGAGCCAGCAAUUCACCCGAGAAUGUUUAUUUGCAAGAUGUUUUGACGGCGGCGAGCUCGGGCCCUGCUCACCUCGUGACCGUCUGUCCCGGUCCUCGUCCCCGCCCCCAGGCCCUGAGUGGCACGGGCGGGCCAUCAACUGUAUGUAUUAAAAAUGACUGUAUCAAAUAAAUGUCUAUUGAUGGUUUUCCA